AUGUGGCUACAUGGUCAAGGACCUGCGCCUCAGCGCAGGAGAGCGUGGGUGCGCAGCUUCGCAUGCGACGCGGCGUUGCUUUCGAGGGAAAACUUGGACAUACAACAUCAUACAACUUUACGCCCGAUCCGUUCCAUGAUCAAAUGGCGCAUGCUGAAGGUGAGAGCUUGGAAGGCGUGUGCUGCAAAUCAAAUGCCGUUGAUCGUUUUGGAGGACGAUGCCAAACCGGCCGCCAAGUUCGGUACGGUUUUGCGCCAGGCCCUGCGUGAUGUACAUGGUCAGGAGCCGGAUAUUUUGUAUUUGGGCUACUCAAAAGCAGCGCCAUGGCGUGGCAAGGUUAGUGCUGUCGUACGGGAAGCAGAAUAUCUUUGGACAACUGUGGCCUAUGUCUUGUGGCCAUCUGGUGCAGCGGCACUGUUAGGAUCAUUGCCUGUGGAUCAACCUGUGGACAACUUCAUUGCCCAACGUACGGCUGACAACAAGUUGCGGGCGUUUGCAACGGUGCCGGUGUUGGCACUUUGCAGCACAAUGGUACUAUGUCUGCUUUUUUUCAUUUUGUUGUUUUGUUUAUCCCAGGUGUGUCUCUCCGGUGGAGUUUGUGUUUGGCAAGGUGAGCCAAGCGCGACCCUGGAACGUGGACAAUGA